CCUAAGCCCUUGACUCCCACAAUUGCCCUCAAAAAACAUGAGCCGGGAUCUGUCCCCCCGGUAGCCGGUCCAUCAGAGAGUAUGGCCCUCGGCAGCAUAAGAAAAGAUCAACUCGAAGACUCAGCCCACCUGGAGGAUAUCUCUGUUGCAACUUCAGAUAUGCAAGCACCCGAAGCACCGAUCAACUGGCCCACAUGGAAACGAAAUGCCCAAAUCCUGAUGGUGGCCAUCCACUCGAUGGUAUGCGUUUUCAUGGCUGCCGGGCUUAUCCCUGGAUAUGAAGCCAUGGCGGAGGAGUACAAGAUCACAGUGCCUCAGGCCAGUUAUCUAACAUCUGUCCAGGUAGGUUUUCUUCUGCCAUUAUCCUUAUCUUGGGAAUUGCCCCGUUUUUCUGGAUUCCCAUUACGAUGCGCUAUGGACGUUACCAUAUCUUCAUAUUCUCCGUGCUCGGUACCAUGGUCUGCAACAUCGGAGGCGUCUUCUGCAGAACAUUUGGCACGCAGAUGGCUACUCGUGCUAUUGCAGCAUGGCUCAUCUCCCCCUCUCGGCAUUGGCAGCGGUGUAGUGACGGAGCUGUGUUAUCCGGAAGAGCGUGCCCGAAAGUUGGGAUGGUGGACCUUGUUGAUCACUCUCGGAAUCCCGGGUGGCGCAUUUAUUAAUGGUUUUGUCGUGCAACAUCUAGGAAUAUCUUGGAUAUUCUGGAUAUUUACAAUUAUCAACGGCACUCAAUUGAUUGCUUACCUUUUGCUUGGUGACGAGACUCUAUAUGUCAAGGAUGUCAACGCGGCUCAAAAGCCCAGCAACGGCUGGAGUCGACUCGUCCCUUGCCGACUUGAUCCUCGUCCCUUUGAGCUGCAAAGCUUCAUCGCUCCUCUUUUUCUUGGAAAAUACCCUCGCAUCCUAAUUCCGGGUAUUGCAUACGGAGUUGAAUUCGCCUACGCUAACAUUGCCAUCAUCGUUGAGACACCGCUAAUCUUUGGUGAAAAAUUCAACUUCAAUGCUCAGCAAGUAGGGUAUCAGUUUGUCUCCAUCAUCAUCGGCUCCGUCAUUGGUGAACAAGUUAGUGGGCCAAUGUCAGAUUGGUUCCUCAGGGUACUACAGCGUCGCAAGGGCCACACCAUUCCCGCAGAUCGUUUGUGGCUGUCAUACGUUGGGUAUGGCACUAUCUUCACUGGGUUGCUUGUAUGGGGCUUUCAAUUGGAAAAAGCAACUACUUGGAACGUCACACCGUGCAUCGGCAUGGCUAUCGCUGCAUUUGGAAACCAGGUACUCACCACCAUUCUCAUAUCCUUCGCGGUCGAUAGCCACAAGGAGCAUUCUGCCAGCAUCGGUGUUUUCAUUAACCUCUGUCGUCAAAUCUAUGGAUUUUGCGGACCAUUUUAUUUCCCUGAUAUGUAUGCCACAUUGGGGCUAAGCGGGGCUGCUGGUGUGAUGUGUAGUAUUAUCGCAGUGGUGUCUCUAACUCCGGUGCUUUUGAUUCAGUUGAUUGACACAAGGAGGCAGCCCCAGCAGUAUUGA